AUGGUUACGUUGAGGAUUGGAGGUUUCGACGUGAAGAGGGUACUAGUAGAUCCGAGCAGUGUAGUGGAAGUAAUGUACCCUGAUCUGUACAAGGGGCUGAACUUAAGGCCUGAGGACUUAACGGCUUAUGACUCUCCUCUAAUAAGUUUCGAAGGGAAGACUGUCGUACCAAAAGGGCAGAUCAGAUUACCCAUACAGACCGGAUUAGAGGUGGUGGAGGUGGAUUUUAUUGUGGUCGAUGCCUAUUCACCCUACACGGCCAUAAUAGCCAAACCUUGGCUCCAUGCCUUAAGAGCCGUGUCUUCUACGCUUCACCAAAAGUUAAAAUACCAUUCAGGGGGCCAAGUGGAAGAAAUUCGUGGAGAUCAAGCCAUGGCUAGGCAAUGCAUAGUGGCCGCCAUCUCACGUCGGUCUAAUGCCGAGUCCUUAGCUCCUGUGAAGAGGUUAUAG